AUGGACGUCAUGCAAGACUUUUCCCUUCCCGUCCCCUCUAUUGAGGCAGCCUCACCUCUUUCCAAGCGACGUCGAUUCGCUCCCGUGUCCCUGCCUUCCAUCAUUCCGGUCUCCGACAAUUCGGACAUCGAGCACCACACCUUUGACUCGCCGUUGCUCUUGCAGCUUUGCGAACAAGCGCCGGACCGGGCAGAAAUCGAGGCAGGCCUUCUCCAUGUCGGCAUGAGGGUCAGAAAAUCGGUCGCUGAAGGGUACAAAACUCAGCAAAAGAAGUUUACUCCUCGCCCUUUCUUUGACGCAAGACGGCUUUCUCCCGAGACUCAAGCUGCGCUCGCGGGUGGCAGUUCCACCAGCACGAACGAGCUUGCCCCUCUCGGUGCUGCGUCCCAGAAUCUAAGCACUGCUACUUAUUGCGGUAUCAGCCUGGCCUUCCUUUCAGACUAUGGUGAUGACUGGGCCACUCCAUCAAUCUCUCAACAAUCCCUCUGGUCUUAUUCGACCAGCCACAAGCGCUCAUAUGACACCGACUCAGACAGCGACGAGAGCCAGGACUGGCAACCGCACACCCCCAACCUGGUUGCUGAUGCAGGAAUGCACCUGCCGGUCGAUUAUUUCGCCAUUGACAUGGACACCAUGAGUGAUGUCAACCCCAUGGCUCAGAUUGGCGAGCGCACGAGGCAGAACUUUAACGGUAGACGCAUGGCCAUGCCCAAGUCCCGCAGUCGAUUCCACCAUCAGGCCGAGCCGCAGAUACCCUCUACCUCCACAGUCAACCCUUUUGCGAAUUUCGCAGCUCCACAGUCAGGCGCUCUGUUCGGCGGACAUUUUGGCCACAAGCGAAUGAUGAGCUGUGGUAUGGAAGCCGCCGCAGAUUUUGGUGAAGCGCCUUUCUUGCAGCGACGCGAGGACAUCGAGAUGGACUGCUCUUGA